GGUGUGGAAAAACAGUCUAUGAGGUGAAAACAUUCUUAGAGGCUAGUUCUAUAUGAUACAUACGUUGUUGUUUGUUACAACAUGUUGAACUCAAGUUUUUCUCUCAGGAUAGUUUCGGAAUUUUAGGUGAAAUUCAUACAGACAUGUGAAAACACCGGGGCAUGGCACGUGUAUGUUGGAACGUAGCAAUAUUUACUUUUUCGGUGAAUCACGCUAUUGAGAGUUAGUUCCCUUUGUAACAAUGGUGAAGGAUCAAGAUUUAAUUCAAGCUGUCAAGGAUAGAAAUAUCCCAGUUUUACAAAAAUUACUGACCAAAACAGGAAAAUCUAAUAAAAAGUUAAUAGGGAGCAGCAAAAGAAUUAACAUAAACUACCAGGAUGGAGAUGGAAUGUCAGCUCUGCACCAGGCCUCCUUAAUGGGGAAUGUUGAGAUGAUGCAAAUGUUGCUGGAGUGUCACGCCGACGUCAGUAUCCAUGACAAUAAAGGUAUGUUAGCACUCCACUAUGCGGCAUGGCAGGGAAUGUCCGAUCCUGUCCACACCCUCCUCCAGUGGAAAUCCCCAGUAAACGAGGUCUCCCAGGAUGGAAACACCCCCCUACACCUGGCCUGUCAGCAUGGACAUUUUGAUGUGGUGAAUCUUUUGGUACUUCACAACUCCUCUCCCACCAUGCAAAAUAAGGACAAGAAAACUCCACUAGACCUUGCCUGUGAAUUCGGAAGAUACAGGGUUGUAGACUUGUUGCUCCGGAGUAAUCUGUGUGCCUCACUAUUGAUGGAUAGCCCUGAAGAUCUUGUAGAUGAAAACGGGACCACUCCCCUACAUCUGGCCGCUAAAAAUGGACACAUUGAAAUUAUACGACUUCUGCUACAAGCAGGUGUUAACAUCAAUAGAAGUACACUGAAGGGAACAUCACUCCAUGAAGCUGCUCUCUGCGGAAAAAUAGAAGUUGUACGACUUUUAUUAGAUUGUGGUAUAGAUGUCAACAAGGCGAAUUCUUAUGACCAGACAGCAUUAGACAUAGUCAACUCAUACACUACCUCAAGAGCUGCCAAAGAUCUAAAACAGAUACUGAAAGAGGCUAGUUUCGCUGUGCAGGCCAGAGCCAUCAAAAACUAUUGUAAUAUUUAUGAUCCAAGUACCCUGGCAUUUAAAGAGGGGGAUAUCAUAAAGGUGCUAGAACAGCGAGAUGAUGCCUGGAAGGGUGUUGUGAUCAGUGAUGGGCGCAUGGCCAAACCUGGAUACUUUCCUCCAGACGCUGUAGUUUUAUUGGACAACUCUGCACAUUAUCCCAGUCACAUUAUUGAAGGAAAAAGGGUGCAUAUGCCCAAUGUCCCUGACUUGUUGAAUCGGAGCCCAGGAUACCUGCAGACCGGUCUAGGAAGCCCUUUCAACUCGGCGACCCUCCCAUCCUCCAGUUCUGGGUACCUCCACAGCCCAGGACACCACCAAUCACAGUCCAGUCUUGGCAUGGAUCAUUCAUUUCCUCCUCCACCAGCCAUGUUCUCGCCCAACUCACCUUAUAAAAAAGAUUGGGACGGUGGUAGUGCCUUUACCUUUUCACCUCCUCAGACUUACAGACUGUACAACACAUCGUCAGAGAACUUGAAUGGCCGGAUAGUGAACCAUAAUGGCGAACAAGUGGGAGAGUGGUCAUCGCUUCCUGCCUUCGCUAGUGACAUAAGAAAUGCAGGACAUGGAAAAGGAAGCCCGACUAAUAGUAACCGUAACAGUGCAGCCAGUAGUGAUAGUGGACGAGGAUACAGUACAGGACAUUUAGACCACGCAAACGCUAAUGUUAAGCCACCACAUAACUUUGCCAAUGUCCAGAUAAACAACAAUCGAUUGUCCAGCCAGAGUUACGAGUCUGGGGUGUCCUCACGACAGAGUUAUCACAGCACGUCCAGUUCCAGUGUGGGCAGUCUUGACCGACUGGAGGAAUCUGGACAAAUGAGCACCAUUAAUGUGGCUGAACUGUUCCGGGUGGGAAUGCCCGAUCAUGAGGUUAUGCGGGUUUGGCUGAGGGACCUACGGUUUGAGGAAUAUUGUAUUCUAUUUGUACAGGCAGGAUAUGACAUGCCCACCAUCUCCCACAUGACGCCUCAGGAUUUAUCUGCUAUUGGGAUUACCAAACCCGGCCACAGGAAACGACUGAAGGCAGAAAUAGCUCGACUGAAUAUUCAUGAUGGGAUUCCUGAUUUCAAACCCGUUGAUAUGAUGGAGUGGCUUCACAUGCUAGGACUAGAACAGUAUUACAACACCCUGUCACAGCAGGGUUACACUGACCUUGACAAGGUCACAGACAUAACCUGGGAGGACCUGGAGGAAAUUGGCAUCCAGAAACUAGGUCACCAGAAGAAAAUAACUUUGGCUAUAGAGCGUCUGAAGAGAAUCAAUGCUAACAGUAAACGGCUUUCUUCAAUGGACAGGAGUGGACACAGUGAGAUAAUUGACCCACCCCCACCCCUGGGCCACACUCGAUGGUCAGGGGAGGAUUACAUCCAUGAGAUUCCAUCCUCACCAUUUAAAACAAAGAAAUCUCUCUCAGGAGACAAUUUAAACAGUGACCGUCUCUCUCAAAAGAGUGACCGAUACUCGCAGCAUAGUGACAACAGUCUGGAGUUUGUGUCACACAGUCCAAACACCAGCUAUCAGCCGGACGUGGUGGCCAUUCAGGUUAAAAGGCAUGCAUCUCAAUCAGAAUCUCCAAAAGACAUGUCUGGUGCUAGGAUUUCAUCAUUUCAGGGGCCCUCUUCAGUAAGAGAGGAUCGAGACAGCACCCCCACAGCAGAGGAGGAGUUGGAACAACAGCCUGCUCCCAUUGUUGCCCCAUCAGUGCCGAAAGCUGUGAUCAAACCAAAGCCAGUUGCCAAGAUCAUUGCCAAAACAAAGCGAAGCAGCAAAGAGACAUCACCAGAGAUUAUAGACAUUGAGAAAUAUGAGGCGCAGAAAAAUCAUGAAAUUGGGAUAAGUCCUGGGAAAUCUUUCCUUCUCAAUGCAGGGAUGCUGAAGAAAACAGGGCAGUCUGAUCACAUUUAUGAUCAACCAAGAAUGCAGAACUCACCAAAAUCUCCAAAGUCUCCCACACAUACUCCGAUGUCCCAACCGUUCCCUGUCAGCACAACAGCACCUGUUUUUGUCUCUGUCUCAAACCAGAAUGGUUCUCAACAGCCACAGAAUUCACCGACUAAUCGGAAAGUUCCCCCUCCUCCCCCUCCCAAACGUACUAAUUCAAUCUCUAACAGGCAAGAUACAAACUCAUCCAGGUAUGCUGGAAGUAUUCCCAAGUCUGCCUUACAGAAUAAUGAUCAAAACACUCAGAAGACCCCAGCAAUGCCUACUGGGAAUUCUUCUCAACAAACUCCCAGAAGGGGAUCCAUAGAGGACAGCCAGAAACAACUUGCUUUUGCUUCGUGUGUUCAAAGUCUGUCAGUCAAAUUUGGCAGUAAACGAAUGGAGACAAGUUCAGAGGAUGUGAACAGUUCUGAUGGGGAAGAUUUUCCACCUCCUCCUCCUCCAAUAGCCAUGGACAUUAUCACUCCAAAAAUUCAUAACUAUGGAAUCCCCAGCAAGGAUGAUAAAACUCCAGCUGAAUUAAGGGGCAUGGGAAAAUUAGGGCAGCCCUCCACACCUAAUGGAAGUUCUUCUCCAAGUCAAGUGAAAAACUCAACAGAUAAACCAAACUCGUUCACUUACAAAGCUCCUGUUCUACAAACAGUCAAAGAGAACCCAUCGCCUCCUGUAGUCUCCAUGGUGCCAAACUUUACCAAGAAUCCCCCUGUUCUUAAUCAUGUGACUACCACUGCCCAAUCAAAAGACCAAGUUCAAACCUCUCCCAGAGUUCAACAUGUUUCUCAUGAACUCAAAAGAAAAGACUCAACGUCUAGUUCAGAUUCUGUAGUGUCGGCCUCUAGUGUAGACUCAAAUACCUUGCCAUUUGCCAAUGAGAAUGUAGGAACAAUAAAACAACGUGCACCUGCAGCAAAGCCCUCCAUAGUGCCAAUCAAUGAGAGUCCAGCUCAGGGUAAUGGUCAGGGAUUCCCUGACCAUCAACGAGUCUUACCCAGUGUUCCACAAAAGCCGAGUAUUCCAGCACACCUCAAGGCACCAAACAAAGGACCAAGGCCUACAGUAGCCAUGAAGCCAAAUGCCUCACCACCAGUGCCAGCCAAACCAAAAAUUGGUAGGAAGAAGGAUGAAGAUGUAUUGAAUGAUAUAGACAAUAUGUUACAAGGCCUGACAGAGGAGUUAGACGCCAUGUUGGAGGAGGAGCUAGAAAUCGACGAGUGAAUUUGUCAUGGUCCAUUGAACAUAGUGGACAGGAAAAAAAGAGUCAAAUAUUUCAUUUUUCAUCAUCUUAUUUAUUGGCAAGUUAAAAAAAUUGGGGCUCUUCAAUUACUGUAAAUUGUGUUCUCAUUAGAAGUCAUUUGAAAUUUCAUUUCAAACAUCAUCUCAUCACUACCAGAUGAAUUCUUUACUUUCAUUGGAUGGACAUAGUGAGGCUUGUUUUUAAGUAGCCAAUCACAAAGCUUUAUUGGAGGAGGUGUGAAUUUCAUCAUGUAUUUCCCCAGGGAAACAGACUAAAUUAUGUGAUGUCAUUCAUAUGGAGAAGUAUUUCAAAGUCACAAAGCUGUUAAUAUGUAUAGAGCCAAACACCCUGUGCUUAUGCGAGUGCUUUGAACCAUUGCAUCAUUUCUUAAUUUAAAAUGUUCUAUUUUAAGUUGUAAACCUAGUCAGUUAUGUCAGUUGAGGAAAUGUAUUUUUUUGUGCCUGUGAUAAUUUCUUGUAUAUUAUGUGUUUAUACUGUGCUAAAGAUCUUUGAAUAUUAGUGUCAAUGUACAUGCCUUAAUUUGCCACAUAACUAUGACUCAGUUUCAUGUUCCAUAGAAAUUUAGGAGUCUCUUCAGUUUGGGCGGUAUUUUUUUUAAUGCAUUUGAAUAAUAAAUUUGUCUCUCUUCUUUCGUCAUGUAGUGUCAGGUUUAAUCAUAUGCAUCCUUACUUAUGGGAGACAAAUAUAUCAGAAGAAUUCAACAUUUCACCGGGUAUACCUCCCAUAAUAAACUAUGCAGUAUUAUCUAUGUACAGUUAAUUGUUAACAGCUAUUGGCAUUUCACUGAAUAUAGAAGGCAUAUUUACUCGGGGGAAAAAUGCUGUGGAAGUAAUUGGUACUGUCUAAGAUCCUGUUAUUUUUUUUUCUGGAAAAUGAAUUUCACAAUGACUAAAAAAAGGUUAAACACUGAUAUGUAUAUGUAUGUAAGUUUAAAUAUCCACUUAUUUUGUGAUCUCUAAAUGUUCUUCAUUUUUGCAAUAAGUUCUGAUGCUGUUUGAUUGUAUGGUUGUGACAUAGUCUUUGGCAUAAUAAUGAUAGUAAUGAUCUUGGAAUGCACACUGGUCAUAUUCAGUACUUAUUGAUGUCAGUGUCAGAAAUUUAGAUAUACAUGUAAGGAGAUUAGAGUCUUUAGUCAUCAACUUAUAACUCCUUUUCUAACUGUUUUUCUUUACAUUUUCCGAUUCUUUUGAAACAUUUUCAGUAAAUAUACCAGUUUCAGCUUGUACAUGUACUGCAUAUCAAAUUCAAGGAACAUGGAUUUUAUAUGCUACUUAAGCUGAACAUUAUAAGCUGGGCAUCACUGGUCAGUCUGUGGUAUAUCAAAAGGGAUUUUCCUCAUCAAAUAACUUUUAAAUAUUCUAAUAGAAGACUUAAGUAACACCAGUGUUGUCACACAACAGUAUAUCUGUUUUACAUGACAAUCAUUUUAUAAAAGUAUUCGAUAGAUAAGUCUGAACUGAAUUCUUGAUUAUUAUCUCUUUAACUUAUUAAUUUCUAAAUACAGAACUGUAAUAUGGUUUUAUCAAUAUUUUCUAUUUAUACAUAUGUUGAAAUGUUACUUUUUUCUCCAUUAUUGUAAGACUAAAGUUCAAAUCUUCUUUGGACAUGACGAUAAACAGAUAUUCCUAUUUAUUUAGAUUUUUAACUUACUUUCUACAUCCAUUGUUACGGUGCAGUCAUUAUUUAAGUGCCUGAUAGUCUUUUAUUAUGUUAAGGGGAGAUAAUUCUGGUAGUUUUAAAGUGAAGGGAGAUAAAUGCUAAAAUUGUUCUAUCUAAAUAUUCAGCACCAGUGAGAAUGCUGUGAAAAUAUCAGGGGAAUUUGGAGUUUGUUACUUUGUGUUAUGUUAUUGUUACUGUCUUGUACAAAGCUGUAUCAAACAUACAGCUCAUCAAAGAUGUAUACAAAUAAAAUAAAUGUCUCAGAA